AUGCGUGAAGUGAUCUCUAUCCACGUCGGACAAGCCGGAGUCCAAAUCGGAAAUGCGUGCUGGGAGCUUUAUUGCUUGGAGCAUGGAAUUCAGCCCGAUGGAACGAUGCCAUCGCAGUCGGUGAAUGAGGGUGAAUCCUUCACGACAUUCUUCUCCGACACCGGAGCCGGAAGAUAUGUGCCGAGAUCGAUUUUUGUCGAUUUGGAACCAACUGUUGUUGAUGAGAUCCGCACCGGAACCUACAAGAAGCUUUUCCAUCCGGAGCAGAUGAUCACUGGCAAGGAAGACGCCGCCAAUAACUACGCUCGCGGUCACUACACCGUCGGCAAGGAGCUGAUCGACACCGUUCUUGACAGAAUCCGCCGUCUCGCUGACAAUUGCAGCGGCCUUCAAGGAUUCUUCGUGUUCCACUCGUUCGGUGGAGGUACCGGAUCGGGAUUCACCUCGCUCCUCAUGGAGCGUCUUUCUGUCGACUAUGGAAAGAAGAGCAAGCUCGAAUUCUCCAUCUACCCGGCCCCACAAGUCUCGACUGCUGUUGUCGAGCCAUACAACUCAAUUCUUACUACUCAUACAACUCUCGAGCACUCUGAUUGCGCAUUCAUGGUUGAUAAUGAAGCAAUUUAUGAUAUCUGCCGCAGAAACCUCGAUGUUGAGAGACCAAGCUACACCAACUUGAACAGAAUCAUCUCUCAGGUUGUUUCCUCGAUCACCGCGUCGCUUCGCUUCGAUGGCGCUUUGAAUGUUGAUCUCAACGAAUUCCAAACGAAUCUCGUCCCGUACCCACGUAUUCAUUUCCCAUUGGCCGCUUACACGCCUCUCAUUUCCGCCGAGAAGGCCUACCAUGAGGCAUUGUCCGUCAGCGACAUCACCAACAGCUGUUUCGAACCGGCGAAUCAGAUGGUCAAAUGCGAUCCAAGACAUGGAAAGUACAUGGCCGUGUGCUUGUUGUACCGCGGAGACGUUGUUCCGAAGGAUGUGAACACCGCGAUCGCCGCCAUCAAGACCAAACGCAGCAUUCAGUUUGUGGACUGGUGCCCAACCGGAUUCAAGGUCGGAAUCAACUACCAGCCACCAACUGUGGUUCCAGGAGGCGAUCUCGCCAAGGUCCCAAGAGCCGUGUGCAUGUUGUCGAAUACCACCGCUAUCGCUGAGGCGUGGUCUCGCCUUGACUACAAAUUCGAUUUGAUGUACGCCAAGAGAGCCUUCGUUCAUUGGUACGUCGGAGAAGGAAUGGAGGAAGGAGAGUUCACCGAGGCCCGUGAAGACUUGGCAGCUCUUGAGAAGGAUUAUGAAGAGGUUGGCGCCGAUUCGAACGAGGGAGCUGAAGAUGGAGAGGAAUACUAA